AUGCGUUUAAAAGCUCGAACGAUCAACACAAGAGACGCCAGCAGCAUGAACCUGAUAGCCCAGUUUUUGACGCUUCUCCUGAUGCUGGAAGCUGUGACAGCCCUGGAGGCCAAUCUCACAGCCUGGCGGCAUCACAAGAGACAGAAACGAUUCUUGAUCUAUCAGAACGGUGGCGUAAUAAAGUUUGUUGGAGGUUGCGCUUUUCCUGUACCCUUUAUGGAGAAAAAAGUAUGGCGCCAGUUGGUCUGGUUGAUGAACUUCCAUUAUCAGUUCAACGAACCGCAAACCCCAAUCUAUUGGUGGAACCUUUGGAGCAGCUCUCGUAACCUAAAGGGCUCUGAGAUUCCGGCAGCUACUCCUAGUCCCCAAAUACCAGAACGCCUCCUUGUAGAUGAACCUCAACUUAUGCUCUUCAAACUGGCCGAGGGCUAUAUGAAUCAGAUCGGCCAGAAUGGAGAGGCCUGCCUGGAACGUCUGAUCUGUGAAAAUGGCCAAGUGCAUGAGCAUAUGGGACUUUAUGCUCAAAUUUUGCAUAGACUGUUAAGACCACAUCGAACAUUGGACAGAAGAUACGUGGAUGCUUAUAGAAUGGGCCUUCAUGGCGUUAAUUGUCGGAAGGCCUUUCCGAAGGCCCAUCACUGUCUUCUAGACGACUACAUCCACCUCCAUGAGCAAGGACCCACACAGAGCUACCUUGGAGCAUAGAUUUAGAUUCAAAAAGGGAUGUUU